AUGGAAAAAAUUGAGCUUGAGGAUGUCGAUGACGCCACAUUAAGGGAGAAGCUGUUUGUAAAAGCAGCAUCUAAAUUCUUAAAGACUAUGGACUUCAAGAUGGUUGAUGAGGGAUAUGAAGGAGAGUUGAUGAGGUCCCAGAAGGAGAUUGAGCAAGGAGAAAAUGACAUGCGAAGAAAGGCUGAAAAGAUGAUGAAGAGACAUAGUGAAAUGAGAUUGAAGAGGAAGUCCAAGGCGUCCGAGCUGGACUCUGACGAUCUCGAGUCAGAAGGCUUCGUUGCGCCCAUGCUAAGCAACAGGGAAACCAGGAGGAAGAAUAAGGGGAAGCAUCCUGUGAACAGAUCACUAAAAAGAAGAAGGAUGAAGAAGAGGCAAAAGAGACACAGACACUGA